AUGGCUUUCUUAGAUUUCUAUUACUUGAUUACUCCCCAAGAAGGCGUCGUCUCCACCAGCCAAUCUUCUUCUCUAAUUUCACUGUUCUAUGAUAUCAUUCUCUGUAAAUUGAUCUUCGAUCGGGUUAGAAGCUUCCCCAAACUCCUCUCCAGAUUCUCCUUUUUCCUCCAAUCCCAACUGAGACUUGGAGCUGGUGUGGAAGUAGUAGUAUCAGAAGGAGAGGAGAAGAAGAGCCCGGCUCCUCUGGUUAUUAGCAGAGAAGAUGUGGAGGUAGUGAUGGGAAAGCUCGGAUAUUUUUGCGACCCAGAAGGGCAGCAGCUGAAACAAUCGAUGGGUGCUGACCAGCUUCUGGAGUUGUUCGACGAGAAGGAGCCGAGCUUGGAGGAAGUGAAAGAAGCAUUUGAGGUGUUCGAUGUGAACAGAGAUGGGUUCAUUGAUGAAACGGAGUUGCAGAGGGUCAUGUGUCAGUUGGGAUUGAAGGAAGGAGUUGAGUUGGAGAGCUGCAAGAAGAUGAUUGGAGCUUUUGAUGUGAAUGGGGAUGGGAGGAUUGAUUUCUGUGAAUUUGUCAAGUUUAUGGAUCACAGUUUUUGUUGA